AUGCGAUAUCAACCUUAUGAUCGAGUUCAAAGAUCAUAUGGUCAAGAAGCAUCCCAUCAAAGUCGAUCAUUAGCUGUCACAAACAAUAACAUACGUUUCCACCAUCAACAUACACCAAUGCACCAAAACUCAUCUACAAAAGAUCAACUUUAUGAUUUCCCGUUAGAAUCGCUUCGAUAUGAAGAUGAAGUAACUGAUGAAUAUCAGCUAUCGCCGUCAUUUGAUCUCCCUCUACCAGAAAAUCAUAGACAAACUUUAAAAUCGUAUCAUGAUUUGGAGUUUCGUUCCGGUAAUAAUUUAAGAAACUUGAAUGAUCUUGAAAAGUCUCCCACGCGAUACGAUCCAUCGCGAUCUCCGACACCGCAGAGUAGAUCAUCUUCCCCACUUCCAGAACCACAUCACAGAAUUUUGCGUAGACAAGUAAAAUCUUCUGAUGACGAAGAAUCCAACAACGAAAAUGAUUUUCAAGUACCGGCAGAGCAAAUAAUGCAUAAGUCUUCUUCAAAUACAACACCAUGUGAUACUCUCUGGACACUUCGCUAUCCUGAUGGAAAAUUAUCUGGAACGAUUGAGUUGAUACCAGAACGAAAAAUAUUUGUGAUUAAACGGGGACUUGACAACUUAAAAUCUGUUGCUACUGAUAUGAGGAGUUUUGCUCGAGGCUUGAUGACACUAAUUUUCACUGAAGAAGCCAUGAGUGAAUGUACUCUCUGCAAUUCGAAAGGGAAAGGGAAAGGAAAAAACAAGGAUGGCGGAGUUAAAAAUUAUUUGGAUGAACGUGGUUUGAAAGUUUUAAUGGAAUACACAGCCGCUUUUGGAAAAGAACGAGGCUGGAAGAAGGUAGACGAUCAAACUAUUAAGCAAAGUCUCCGAAAUAAAUUAUUAGAUAAAGCUUAUGGAAAAAACGUUUUAGUGCUGAGUUCCUGA